AUGGAUAUGCAAGAUUAUAGCCAAUACAACAGAGUACGCUCGUUCCAAAAAGAGGAUCCAAAUCCGCUUAUCGAUAAGGAUUCCGAGCUCCGAGCACGUCAUUUGUCACUGAACGACUCCCGCCCAAACGUGAAGAUAACCAUAGACCCCCCCGCCUUUCUCCAUGCUCGGUCGUCGCUUCCUCUCAACUGUCUCAAAGAAGAUCUCCUCACCGCGGUUGCCCCCAAACUCGCCCUUCUCCUUUUCAGCCCCGCAAAGCGGGUUGCUGGUCAACGGCAGGAUGUGUGGUCAAUUGUCAACGAGGCGGCCGCUGCAUCGCCAGUCCAGCCCAUUGUGAACAUGGGCCAAGGUUUCUUUGGCUAUAACCCACCGCAAUUUGUCCUCGAUGCUGCGAAGGAGGCGCUCGACAAAGUUGACUGCAACCAAUACUCUCCGACAAAGGGCCGUCCCCGUCUCAAGAAGGCACUUGCAGACGCAUAUUCUCCUUUUUUCGGCAAAACCUUGAAUCCAGAUACCGAGGUCACCAUCACAACCGGCGCCAAUGAAGGAAUGCUCAGCGCUUUUAUGGGUUUCAUUGAGCCUGGCGAUGAGGUAAUUAUCUUCGAGCCCUUCUUUGAUCAGUACAUUAGCAAUAUUGAGAUGCCGGGUGGUACGAUCCGCUAUGUCCCUCUUCACCCACCGAAGGACGGAGCAACCAGGACUUCCCCUGCUUCUGAGUGGACCAUCGAUUUUGCGGAGCUGGAGAAGACUUUCAACCCCAAAACCAAGAUGAUUGUAUGGCCUCUGAUUAAUCUACUUCGAGUCUUUCGGCUGCGUGCUAACCAUACCCCAGUCAUAACCCUGGGUAAGGUUUUCUCGCGGGAAGAGCUCCAGCGCAUUGGCGACCUUUGCAUCAAGUAUAAUGUGAUUAUUUUAUCCGAUGAAGUCUACGACCGCCUCUUCUACGUCCCGUUUACUCGAAUCGGCACCUUGUCCCCCGAGCUCUAUGACCGCACCAUCACUGUCGGUUCCGCCGGAAAAGCCUUUUAUGCCACUGGCUGGCGUGUGGGAUAUUUGAUCGGACCCGAGCACCUCAUCAAGUAUGAAGCCUCUGCUGUGGCUUUCGAGAAGGCCGACAAGGAAGGGUUCUGGGACCAAGCCCGUGAGGAAAUGAAGGGAAAGAUUGAGCGCUUCUGCACUGUCUUUGACGAGCUGAAGAUCCCGUAUUCGAUUCCCGACGGGGGAUACUUCGUGCUCGCCAACUUUGCUGCUGUGAAGCUCCCGGAGGGUUACUCCUUCCCCCCACAUGUCGCCAGCCGCCCUCGUGACUUCAAGCUCUGCUGGUUCCUUAUCCACGAGGUUGGUGUCGCUGCCAUCCCUCCAACAGAGUUCUACACAGAUGCCAACGCCCACCUUGGUGAGGAUUACCUUCGUUUCGCGGUGUGUAAGAAUGAUGAUAUCCUGGAGACUGCCAAGGAAAGACUCCGCGGGCUGAAGAAGUAUAUCACCCAGUGA